AAAUAUUGGCCACGUGUCCAAAUACAUUUAUACUCUCAUAUAUUCUCGUUUGGUUAUCUCACAGUCAGCAAUGGCGACUUCAUCUUCAUCCGACGAUUUCUCCGUCUUCGUACUCGCUUCGGAUCUGGGAAUGGACGCUAGACCCUUCCUCGAGAACCGAGACGAAGAGAUCGAACACCAAGAAAACUGGCACGACUGCCCUCAGUACCUCUCCGAUGAGGAUUUCUCCGACCUUGAACUUUUGCAGUUCUUUCUUAUCCAGGGUUUGGAUAAGUCCGGCAAUCGAAUUGUUCGCAUCGUUGGAAAGUACUUUCCCGCUCCAAUUGUGAGUGCAGAGCGUUUGAAGAGGUACAUUGUUCAUAAACUAUGCAGUGAAUUGGGUGAAGGGCCAUUCUCCAUUGUGUACAUGCAUAGUACUGUUCAGAAAGAUGAUAACUCCCCUGGGAUUACUAUCUUGAGGUGGAUUUAUGAAGACCUUCCUUCUGAUUUCAAAGACAGGCUUCAAUUUCUCUACUUUGUUCAUCCCGGGAUUCGCUCUCGGCUUGUAUUUGCUACCCUGGGACGAUUCUUCUUAAGUGGAGGUCUAUAUUGGAAGAUCAAGUAUAUUAGCCGUUUGCAGUACCUUUGGGAUGAUGUUAAGAAGGAAGAAAUCGAAAUUCCAGAAUUCGUGAAAUCUCACGAUGAUGUUCUUGAACACAGACCACUAACCGAUUAUGGUAUCGAACCAGACCCCCUUCACUUAACCGAGGUUCCCGCCAUGUCUUGCUCGUAUGGGAGAUAUGAAGAGAGAUGGGCAUCAAGGCAUGAUAUGUGAACACUAUAAUACAACAAUACACACUACCAUUGUACAUAUCUAUCCCUUUGUGUUGUGCUCCUCACCAUAUUUUUCGGUACAUCUUAGUAGACCCGGACCGCCCAUGUUUAAAGCCACUGGGAAUCUUGAAUCAGAAGAUGAAGAACCUAACCGAAGAGAGUAGUAAGAGCUUGAUUGAAGAAUUAAACAUCGGGGUCUUUUCUGAAGCAGAAGAAUAACAUUUCAUUAUCAACUGAAGUUGCUUGUAUUGUUCUUACCAAAUCAAAAAAUUGUUGGUUCUACACUGUUGAUUAUGAGUGACAACAAUUUUUUUUUGGUUUGAACUUAUUAGUAGUGAAGUGCUUCAUGUAUAUAUACAUAAUUAUGUGUACCAAAACUUUGUGUGAUUAAGGCAAAACUUUUUUUUUCCCCUUUCCAUGUAUUAAUAUGAAGCCAUCUAUAGUUAAGGGAAUUUACAUGGCUUAUUUGUACCAUUAGUCCUAAUCCUAAAUCUUUAUGGUGUUUUG